ACAUUAGGCUUUCAUUCCUCCAUUAGUCAUCAAUUAAAUAAGAAGGAACUUUAUUUCCCAAAUAAAAAAUUAUUGAAGAUCUCUCCAUCCAGCAUUGUCACAGGUGCCAAGAUGGCGGCACAGGGAUUCGAAGUGGAUUUGAGCAAGCCACUUGUUUUCCAGGUUGGCCAUCUUGGUGAUGCUUAUGAUGAGUGGGUUCAUCAACCGAUUGUUAGCAAAGAAGGCCCAAGAUUCUUUGGAAAUGGGUUUUUGGAGUUCUUGACUCGCACCCCAUGGUGGGCAAUUCCAACCAUAUGGCUACCAGUUGUGUGGUGGUUUGCUUCAACCUCAGUAAAUAUGGGACUACCCACUCCUCAGCUGGCUGUAACUCUUCUUGCCAGCUUAGCUGCCUGGACAUUGCUGGAAUACUCUCUACACCGCUUUCUUUUCCACGUUAAAACACGGGGAUAUUGGGCGAACACGUUUCACUAUUUGAUGCACGGUUGCCAUCACAAGCACCCUAUGGAUGGGAUGAGGCUGGUUUUCCCCCCUGCUGCUACUACGAUUAUGCUCAUGCCUUUAUGGGGCUUGGUUAAACUUCUAGCUCCUCCGAUUUACGUUUAUGCCAUACUUGGAGGAGCGUUGUUGGGAUAUGUCAUGUAUGAUUGCACCCACUACUACCUGCACCAUGGAAAGCCGUUAACCGGAAUGUCCCAAUCUCUAAAGAGAUUCCACAUGGAUCAUCACUUCAGGAACCAGGAUAAAGGGUUUGGAAUCACCAGCACUUUCUGGGACAUUGUUUUUGGAACACUUCCUCCUCCUAGAUCAACCAAGAAAAGUAGGUGAUUGUAACUGGAGCUGAAGAGAAUAAUAUUUUCAUUUUAGAAUAUGUUUUUGUUUUUACAUUUUUCUCAGGUUAUGAUUGAUAUUAGCAAACACUGAUAGGAUUCAUCUUCUGUAUCUGAUUCAUUUGUAACUCAAACUGCCUGUGAAAGAUUUGGUGAAGGAGAGAAAUGCUAUGCCAAAAAAAAGUGUUUUAAGCCUA